CCUGCUCGCUCGCUGCCCUCUCUUCUCCCAGGCGCUGAUGUGUUACUAACUUCAGCCUGCACGUCUGGUAAAAUGUUUGGUUUCGGAUCAAAACUCCUGCUUCUUUUCCUGCUGGCCUUCCCCUGCGGAUUAAUAUCAGUCGGUCAAGUCUCUGCACAGUCAGACUCCGCCGAGGACGCUGCUGAUGAUGCAGAUGCUGCAGUAGACGAGGAGGAAGAUGAAGACGAGAUGGCUGUCGGAGAAGAUCAGAUUCAAAACAUGGACGGAGGUGAAGAUGACGCUGAUGAAGCGGCUGAAAAACUCGUAACUUCGCACCCCGAUGCCGACACUACCAUCAUCUUCACGACAGGCGAAGAGUUUCCAGCCAAUGAAAUUGUGAGGUUCCUUGUGGGUUUCACCAAUAAAGGAGGUCAGACUUUCACGGUUCAGUCGCUGGAGGCUUCUUUCCGUUAUCCACAAGAUUUCCAGUUCUACAUUCAGAAUUUCACAGCGUUGCCCCUGAACACGGCCGUCCAGCCCCAGGCUCAGGCCUCCUUUGAGUACUCGUUCAUCCCGGCUCAGCCCAUGGCCGGACGGCCCUUUGGUCUGGUCAUCCUCCUCAACUACGUGGAUCCUGAGGGCAACACGUUCCAGUCGGCCAUUUACAACCAGACUGUCACCAUAACGGAGCGAGAAGAGGGACUGGAUGGAGAAACAAUGUUCAUGUACGUGUUCCUGGGUGGGCUGGUUUCCCUGCUACUCUUUGGGAUGUAUCAGGUUCUGGAGAACAGAACGAGGAAACGGCUUCCUGUGAAAAUAGAGAAGGGCACGACUGGUGUGAACGACGUAGACAUCAGCUGGAUUCCUCAGGAGACUCUUAACGCCAUGAAACCUUCGCCGAAAACAUCUCCACGGAAACGAACCAAAAGGGCAGCCGGGGUCGACCAGUAAGCCCGACUCGUCAUACUGGGCAAAAGCCACAUUCCCAUUCACUAAGGAUCGACAGUUUGAAGCCUAUGGACCGGCUCUCAUCAGAGCGCGGCCAUUAAACACUAACAGGACAUUUAACCAAGUUUUAAAGCUGCAUUUUUGUAAAAUCAUGGUUUAAGCAGUGAAAUCUGCAGACUGCCAUAUGGAUGCUGUGAUGCCUGAGCUGAAUGUGGAGGUUUAAAUAAAUCAGAUAAAUUGACUUGAAACCAGAAGUAUUGAAUUUGUCUAUUGAAUAGAUCGAGUUUCUGUCAAUCCAGCGCCUUUGUGCCUUAUUUGCACCCUAAGUUUGCUGCCCUGCAAAGAGUGAAUUGUAAACUCCAAUGUGUCCUUCUGGUUUUAAAACUGUGACUUUUAAAACGGGACUUUUGUUUUUAGAUGUUUCUUUAAGAGAGUAAUAACGGCAGCUGCAUGUCCUAUGACAAUCUUCUCCCAGCGUUUCCAUGGGCUUGUUUACCUGUUUUUUUAUUUUCUCCCCCUCGAAGAUGGAGGCUCCUUCAGCAUUUCAGCCUCGUUACGCGGCGUCAUCGUAGCUCUCAGGUUGUUUGCUGUCAUUUUUAUAAAACCACCUUUUGAAAAAGCAAUAAAAGAACAAAGAAGGUG